AUGGGUGUUGCUCCCCCACCCCUCAAACAACUCAAUACAUCCAGUUCAGGAAACACACAGUGGCCAAGUCCAGAUGCAAGAGAUGUGAUGAAAAAUGGAAAAGAUGGGGUCUGCAAUGGAGGUAAUACUGAAAGCAGAGGGGCAGGGACAGACUGGACCCAGGGGCCACCAAGGCGAUCCGUGGCACAGGGUGUCAUCCAAAAGGACACCGCCUUGAAUUUUCUUGCCAGCUUCAGGGCGCCUCCCCUCUGCCCCCUUUCCCAGGGUAUCUGUGGGUUGCCCAGGCUGGGGAGGGCAGCCACAGCCACAGCCACAGGAUUUCCUGAAAGUUUACAUUGCGGUAGCAUUUUGGGGUACGGGGGCAGCUCCCCUAGGCCCUGCCCCCCAGCCCCACCCAACUCAUGA